GGCGAGGCGACGACAAAGUGGUGACUUCACUCUUGGCUUGCUCCCAACGUACCAUGAAGACAAGGCACUCAUGACAGAGGGACUCUACGCUCAGGGUGGUCUGAGCCACGAUGACGCCGAAGAAGGGCGUGACUUGGGCCGGCCAAGUGUUGAUGGCACGUCGAGACAACGACAGCAACACGAAGAUGAUCCUACUGCUCAGGCUGCUCAGGCAUGGGCAGCCUUGGACGGGCAAACGGGCGGAGAGGAGCAUCGCUACAGAACUCUGGAUGAGCUCGCCAGCACAGCGCCGUACAGAAAAUCCUCAGAGACCUCGGCAAGCUCCAGGUCAAAGUCCAAUAGCUUUCUCGAUGAGAUUCUGCCCCCGCCUGGUCACCCGGACACAGCUCGAAGGGUGCUCUCAGUCGCUAUCAUCUCGGGCUUCUUGCUCGUCGUCGUCUUUCUCGCGGCAUCGAGUGCUACAUCGAUCGCGCGAGACGCCAAUGCGACAGAUUGGAUUGGAUCCUGGGUCUAUGACGAUUGGCCUGUCUCGAUGGGUGAUAGCUCGCCAAGGUAUUCAUACUCUGGCGCUUCGAGCGAUGCGGAAGCACAGGCUAGCAGUCCUGCAAAAGUCGCCGACGACUUCUCUACCAAUGCAACGAACGCAACCGCGACUGUGGCUUCAGACACACCAGGGAACGCAUUUGUCUGGCAUGAAAGCCUCGAUUGGUCACUAAGCAAUGCCAGAGGUCGUCUCAUCGUCGUCGGCGACGUCCAUGGCAUGGUCGACUCACUCAAAUCUCUGCUGCAAGGUUUGGACUUUCAGCCCGACGAAGACCAGCUCAUACUCGUCGGCGAUCUCGUUGCCAAGCACCCGAGCGUCAACGCCUCGCUCGCUACCGUCGCCUAUGCUCGCUCGGUCAAUGCAAGCAUCGUUCGUGGUAAUCACGACGACAAAGUGGUUGCAUGGCGCGAAUGGAUGCAGCAGCAGGUCAUGCUGUCUGCAAGCAAUGCCGACAAUGCUACGUCAGUGAAUCAGCUGUCGAUGCUGGACAGCAAAGAUCUCCCUGAUGACGUACAAGUGCCAGACGACUGGAGGGAGUACAAGUGGCAAUCUCAGCACUUUCAGAUCGCCAGACAGAUGUCCUCAGACGAUGCGGCCUGGCUUGCAGCUUCACCACUCACGCUGCAUAUACCUUCUUUGCAUAGCUACGUCGUACAUGCCGGCCUGAUGCCUUUCGAAACGCUCAGCGGUCGACAUGCGAAGGAAGCAAACGUGGGUCGCCAAGACGUCGUGACAGCGAUAGACCAGUCUGCUCAACUUGGCGACUACUUUGCGCCAUCUCGGCAGACUCGCGAAUCAAUGCUCGAAUCGGCAGAGUCUGCGCUGCUCCUCGUACCCGACAAUCGAGACGCUUUCGCGCUCAUGAAUAUGCGUGGGAUACGACACAAUACUGAGGUCACCAAGAGCAGCAAACAUACACCUUGGCACGAGCUCUAUAACGACGAGAUGGGUGAAUGCCAACGGACGUACUCUUCUGAUCGGCUGCGGCUACGACGGCGCUCGGCCGCACCCAGCUGGUGGAACCCGCUCUCCUGGAGUGGCUCGCAGCCCGUCACAGAUGAUGAAGACGAAGAGACAAUUGCGAUGCCCGAUGCGGACUCAGAAGCGUCAUCCGACGAUUCGCCUGCAUCAGAGGUGGCAAACGAGGACGUACUCGAUGUGCAGAAUGAGUCAGGAAGCUCAUCGAAUAGCAAGAUGGACGAAAGCGACGAUGCGGACCCGGACAAGGCAGACAACAAGGAUCAGUCAGCAGAUGAGAGCGACCAUGGACUAGAUUAUCCGGAUAGCUUUAGGCCGGGUAGUCAAGCAAAUAGCACGCUAGCAAGCGCUCAGAACGUCACGAUAGUCGAUCCGACUCAUCCGAAUGAUACAGACACUUCAGGCGCGAUAUCAUCCGACAGGGACACCGACGAAGCAAGCGAAGCAAGCUCAUCAUCAGAUGAAGCUGUGACUGUCGCACGCGCGGACUGUCAGCCUGUAAACGUCAUAUAUGGUCACUGGGCGAAAGAGGGCUUACAGCUCAAUGAGUACACCAUCGGACUCGAUGCGGGCUGCGUGUACGGCAGGCGACUAGCAGCAAUGGUCGUCAAUCCAUCAGGUGGCUCCUCAGCGUCCAUCUCGCACGAUUUGCGCAAGGAAGACUCGAUCACUCUCGCUGACACAGAAGCGACCAUCUACAGCUUCGCGUGUACUGCGCCUGACGGCGAUGAUAGCAAGCCCGAUGACUCGUAGCUUUAUAGAUUGUACUGUGUUUUGUAUCUUACAACGACAUUGGGGCACAACAUUGCAUGGAUCUAGACUCGCAUAAGUCUCUUGCGCAUUGCUUGCGCACCUGCAAGAUCCCUCCUCGCCUCUAAAGCGGCGGCGGCAGCAGACAGCAGUGCGCGAUGAGCUCGACGAUCCCGACUGAUCGAGAUUGUCGACAGUUCGUCGUUGUCUGCGAGAGCACUAUCAACAAUAGCCAGGACGGAGUCGGCUUCGACAACUGUCUG